AUGUUCCGAGGAGGGCAGGACCCGGAAGUGAGGGUGUGCGGGGCCUCGCUGGAAGUUGUCCCGGGUGUUCGCCGCUGGAGCUCCGGGUCGAGAGGACGAGGUGCAGCUGCUGGGCGAAUCCUCCGCUGCCGCCGGCUCCCGGAGCCCAGCCCUUUCCCGACCCAACCCAACCCAGCCAGCAAUCAACAGCUGUCCCUGCCGCGGACCUCAAAGCUACCUACCAUGAAACCUGCGGUCUUGCUACCUUUACCCGACCUCAGAUGCUCCCUGCUGCUCCUGGUAACUUGGGUUUUUACUCCUGUAACAACUGAAAUAACAAGUCUUGAUACAGAGAAUAUAGAUGAAAUUUUAAACAAUGCUGAUGUUGCUUUAGUAAAUUUUUAUGCUGACUGGUGUCGUUUCAGCCAGAUGUUGCAUCCAAUUUUCGAGGAAGCUUCCAAUGUCAUUAAGGAAGAGUACCCACAUGAGAAUCAAGUAGUGUUCGCCAGAGUUGAUUGUGAUCAGCACUCUGAUAUAGCCCAGAGAUACAGGAUAAGCAAAUACCCAACCCUCAAAUUAUUUCGUAAUGGAAUGAUGAUGAAGAGAGAAUACAGGGGUCAGCGAUCAGUGAAAGCUCUCGCAGAUUAUAUCAGGCAACAGAAAAGUGACCCUGUUCAAGAACUUCACGACUUGGGGGAAAUCUCCACACUUGAUCGCAGCAAAAUAAAUAUCAUUGGAUAUUUUGAGCAAAAGGAUUCAAACAACUAUAGAGUUUUUGAAAGAGUAGCAAGUAUUUUGCACGAUGAUUGUGCCUUCUUUUCUGCAUUUGGGUCUGUUUCAAAACCAGAAAGAUAUAGUGGAGACAACAUAAUCUACAAACCACCAAUGCUUUCUGCUCCAGAUAUGGUGUACUUGGGAUCUAUGACAAAUUUUGACCUGACUUUCAAUUGGAUUCAAGAUAAAUGUGUUCCUCUUGUUCGAGAAAUAACAUUUGAGAAUGGAGAGGAGCUGACAGAAGAAGGACUGCCUUUUCUCAUCCUCUUCCACAUGAAGGAGGACACAGAAAGUUUAGAAAUAUUCCAGAAUGAAGUAGCCCGAGUUCCUGGAAAACUCAAGCAGUUCAUCUUCGACUUACAUUCUGGAAAACUGCACAGAGAAUUCCAUCAUGGGCCUGACCCAACUGACACCGCCCCCGGACAGGAAGCCCACGACGUAGCGAGCAGCCCACCUGAGAGCUCCUUCCAGAAGCUGGCCCCCAGCGAGUACAGGUACACCUUACUGAGGGAUCGGGAUGAGCUCUGA